UCUCCUUCCCCUGUAGAAAAACACAAGCAGUGACAGAAGUGGCAGGAUUUGGCCCUGAGAUGCAAACAAUACAAAACAGGCUUCUGGAAAUAACUCAGAAAAACCAAAUUUCUCAGGGAAGUAAUUCAACGGAACAAGGAGAAUGAAAGUAUUAUGUGGUUUAAUUUGGACUCUUUCCCAAGUUUGCUGGGCAUUGGAGGGUCCCCAAAGAGUCUCUGCACCUCACGGUAGCUCAAUAUCUCUGCAAUGUAAAUACACAAAAGAGGAUAAAGAAUAUGUGAAGUUCUGGUGCAGAGAGCAAAGUCAUCGAUUCUGUUGUCACAGCCACCUUGUCCAAACAACGGGGUCAGAGGCAGAAGUUAAGGUGAACAAGACAUCCAUAAAAGAUAACCAUAUCUUUCACGAAUUCAGGGUGACAAUAGAGAAUGUCACUGAAGUAGAUGCUGGGACAUAUCUUUGUGGGGUUGAGAGGUGGAACUACGACAUCUCGCACCAGGUGGAGAUUAUCAUUACUACAGCUUCUUUGUCCCCUUUUUCAGUCCUUGUUAGAAACAGAGAACAAGAAACAAAUCACUCAAGUGGAUCUACUAUAGCUCCUGAAAGUAUCCAGUCCAGCAAUACUGAUUUCCUGUUCACUGUCAUCUUGAAAAUUCCCAUUUGUCUGAUCAUGAUUGCUGCUGUAGUUUGGGUAAACAUAUGGUACAAAAAAGGAAGAUGCCCCAGAACCAAGACACAGCAAAAUGAGAAGAGCAACUUCAAGUAGUCACAUCAAAAGGAGUGAACAAUGGCAUGAACACUACCUUCCACUUCCACUCAUAGAAGUUGGUUAACUGCAGAUGGACACAACUGUACCACUCAUUGGCCACUGGAUAAAAGCUUUCACUUACCGCUAUAACAAAUGUGAUCAAACUGAGUUCAUUUGGGAAGAAAGCCAAGCUUCAGUGGUUCCCAGCCUGUGAUCUGUGGACUACCAGUGGUCCCCAAAAAUUAAAAUAUGGUCUGCAGCCUCACCGUUACUACACAAUUGUAACGAGAGCGACUGGUCUCGCGAAACCCUCUUAUGGUACCAAGGCAAGGGGGUGUCGGGAGCAGAGAGGCUGACAACAACUAGCCCUCAGACUGCUGCUUCUCCUCCUCCCUCCCCCUUAGCGGAGCCGUUCUAUGUGGCGUCUGGAAGUGGAGGCACCUUGGUGUUUUUGUUUGUAGGCCUGUUCCUUGGAUUAUUUGGGAUGCUGAUUCAAAACAUUGCAUUGGCUAGACCACAUUAGCUCUAGAUUAUUAAAUAUGGUUUUCUGUGGGUGAGCAGAUGGCAACUACUGGAUGGCAUAUGUUCUGUAUCAGAAACUAGAGCUGAUGUGGUCUAUCCAAUGCAAUUUUCUGAAUCAGCACCCCAAUUAACUAAACCAAAUCUAAAGUUGAUCAAAAAGUGAUUAGUAAUCCUUUUGGUACUAAUGUUGGAGAGUGGUCCCUGGUCAAAGUGGCCCCUGGUAAAAAAAAAAAAAAAAAGGUUGGGAGCCCCUGACUUAAACAAAGCUGGGCAAUGACACACCUAUGUUUAGAAGAGUUUAAAUUAUAAUACUAAUGAAAUUCAUGAAAGAGGAAUGCUUUUCUGUGUGAAUAUUUGUUCCUGUAUGCCUUCAAGUUGUUUCUGGCCUGUGGCAAUCUUAAUAAUAAUAAUAAAACUUUAUUUAUACCUCCC